AUGGCCGCCGGAGCUGCCCCAACGAAUCGGCACGGUGUCGAAGCGGAAACGUCCGCAGGCUCGGAUCGAGUGUUGGAGUUUUACCGCGAUGCAACGGUGCUGGUGACGGGUGGAACGGGCUUCCUCGGGAAAGUGCUGCUGGAGAAAAUUCUACGGUGUUUGUGCGUGCGAAAGGUGUUUCUGCUCAUCCGGCCCAAGAACUCCCGCAGGCCGGAGGAACGUCUGCAGGAGCUGCUGAAGGAUGCGAUUUUCGAUAAGCUUCGCCAGGAAACGUCGACCGAGCGACUGCUGGAGCGCCUUGAAGCGGUCGAGAUUUCGCUCGGUGCAUCCGAUCCGACCGGACUGGGGAUCGACCCGGGCACCGAGGAGCGCCUGCUGCAGCAAACGGAAGUCAUCCUCAACGUGCUGGCUUCGGUGAAGUUCAACGAGUGCCUCAGCACGGCCAUCGGCACGAACGUCGGCGGAACGAGGCGAGUGUUGCUGUUGGCGCGCCGAAUGCAUCGUUUGCGAUCGAUGGUGCACGUGUCCACGCUCUACUCGAACUGCGACCGGACGGAAAUCGGCGAGCGGGUGUACCCGGACGUCCGGCUGAAUCCCGACACGGUCCUACAGCUUUCAACAGUGCUGUCGCCGGAAGAGAUGGAUGGCCUGCAGCACUGCCUGGUUGGGGCGCUGCCCAACACGUACACGUUCAGCAAAAAGUGCGCGGAGACGCUGAUCCAGCAGCAAUUUUCCGACCUGCCCGUCGGGAUUUUCCGACCACCGAUCGUUCUCUCCACCUACCGGGAACCGAUCGCCGGUUGGACGGACAACCUGAACGGACCGGCCGGGCUGUGCCUGUGGACGGUCAAAGGGUACGUGCAUGUGAUUUGGGGCAAUCGGCACCGACGAGCCAACCUGGUGCCGGUGGACUACUGCGUCAAUGCAAUGCUGGUCGCUGGCUACGACGUGGCGGAACGGUGGAAGUGCCCAAGGCCCGGGAAACCCGACGGUGACCGCUGGGAACGGGAGCAGCUGCCGGUGCCCGUCUACAACUAUAUGUACGACCGGUCGAACCUGACCUGGGGCCGCUAUAUGAGCCUGGUGUCGCUGGGAUUCGACGGACUGCUGCAUCGCUUGUGGUGGAACCUCUCGUACACGAUCGUCCCGAGUCGCGCCCUCUUCCGGGCGCUGUCCGUGUGCUGUCACACCGUGCCGGCCCGGCUACUCGACGUCGUCCGCCGGCUUCGCGGGAAAAGCCCUCGGUACGGGAAGCUGGCGGCGAAGACGACCCGGUUCCUGGAAACGAUGUCCUAUUUCGGGCUGCGCGAGUGGACCGUGGCGAACGAGAAUGUGGUCCGGCUGCGGACGCUCCUCAGCCCGACCGAAGCCGGCCUGCUCGAGUUCGAUCUGUCCACCGUCGACUGGGACGAGUACUUCCGGGCGUACAUUCCCGGCGUACGGCGGUACGUCCUCGGCGAGCCGAAGCCACCGACCGCACGCUGGAGCGCGCGCUGGAGUCGAAGGAUACACUUUCUCUGCCGGCUGCUGCACAAACUACUCUGGAUCCUGCUCUGCCUGAAGCUCGGCCAUCGUCUGUACGUGGUGCGACAUUUAUUUGGUAUUCUUAUUUCCUAA